AUGGAUAAAACUUUAGGAAAAAUUGUCCUAAUCACCGGAGCCAGUUCGGGCAUAGGCGCAGCUGCUGCAGUCUAUUUUGCACAGCAAGGAGCUUUACUAGCGUUGGUCGGUCGAAAUGCUGAGAGAGCCGAAAGUGUCGCUGCAAAAAUUCGAGAUAGUGGUGUUGAGGUUGAACCGUUAGUGAUUUUGGCAGAUAUUACGAUUGAUUCGGAGCGUAUCAUAAAUGAAACAAUCAAAAAGUAUGGCCGUUUGGAUGUUUUGAUCAAUAAUGCUGCUUUUGGAGUUCCGGGCUCAAUUGAGACUACCCGUAUCGAGGAUUACGACGCCAUUUUUGCAACAAAUGUUCGUGGCACUUUUCUACUCACUCAACUGGCAGUUCCACACUUGCUGGCAUCCAAAGGCAAUAUCGUCAACGUGUCAUCUGUUUGUGGAAU